ACCCAAAUCCGAGGUCUUGGGCAUUAACCUCUCCAAACAAAUGCCCAUCCGUACGAUAACCUUUUGCCCAAUCAACCGGUGAUUUGUAAGGCGGGAAGAUUUCAUCAGUUGUCUGAAAUCUCCGCUUUCGCUACCCAAUUGGUAACGCAUUAUUUACAGUGCGCUGGAUUUUUCAGUGGUUGCUCAAAAUAGUGUGUUUUAUUGCUUAUGAUGUCUGCACAAUUGAGGUGGUUCUGAAUCCUACACUCCUUCGAUUAUGAACUUCAAAGAACUGGCUGGAAAGCUAAAUCGGGUGGUCAAUGACGAUAUCAGUUUCUAGCAACAUUUCGCUCACUUGGACUGGGUCACUUGGAGCAUUGGUAGAAAGUUGAUCAUCAUUUGAAAAUGGCUGAAUCAGCAAUCCUUGUUGCUUUAGAAACCCUUCGGAAUCUGCUGCUUGAUGAAGCAAAAUUCUUGUCUGGGGUGGGCAGUCAAGUGAAGGGAUUGCAAUCGCAGCUCAAAGAGAUGCAGUGUCUGCUAGAAGACACUGACAGAUCAAGACAACACAAAAGCAAGAGCGUUGGUUAUUGGAUUCUAGAAAUCAGAGAUCUUGUGUACCAAGCUGAAGAUGUGAUUGAAAUGUAUUCGGUUGUUCAAGUUUCUUCCAGAAGUGGAAGAGGCAUCAGACAGUUCUGUCAAAGAUUUUCUUGUCUCCCAAAUCGCUGCUGCAGUCUCUACAAGAUUAGUUGGGAGAUUUCAGAAAUCAGAUCAGCUAUUGGAAGAGUCUACAAAAGCAUCCACGAGUAUGGCCUAAGAAGUAUUAUUCAAGAAGAAAACUCAGGUCCUGCAAGUGAAAACCAAAGAUGGCAAAGAAAAACAUAUUCUUUUGAAACCAAUGAUUGCUUUGUGGGAAUGGAGGAAGAUUUGAAACGACUUGUUUCUCUUACAGUUGAUGAUAACCUAAACCGAGUUAUUUCAGUGUGGGGAAUGGGUGGACUAGGAAAGACAACCAUUGUUCGGAAAGUGUACAACCAUGUCGAUGUUAAGCAUGCUUUUGAUUCCUUCGCUUGGGUUUGUAUUACUCAACAAUGCCAAAUUAGAUUUGUUUUGGAAGAAGUCAUUAAGCAGUUAAUGCCACAACAGAAGGAAGAUGCUAUGCAUCUAAGCGAUACAGAGUUGGUUGAGCAACUCUUUCAAGUCCAAAAAGAAAAAAGAUGUCUGAUUGUAUUGGACGAUCUCUGGAAAAUCGAACACCGGGAUUGUCUGUUGGGUGUCUUUGUAGAUAGCCAGAUUUUGAUGACAACUCGAAAACAGAAUGUUGCAGAUGUGGGAUUAUCUUACAAACUUGGGCUCCUAAGCAUGGCUGAUGGCUGGGAACUGCUCAAAUGCAAAGCAUUCCCAAGAAACUACAUCCCACCAGACUUUGGACUUCAAAUUGAAUUGUUUGAGGAAGUUGGUAAAAAGAUGGUGAAAAUUUGUGGGUAUCUACCAUUAGUAAUUUCUCUUCUGGGAGGGAUCUUAAGCAAACGGCGAUCAUUGAAGGAGUGGGAGUUGGUAAAUAAAAAUAUUGAUGAUUACUUGUUUAGUGCUGGAAGCACAGAUCAGGACAAUAAGAUCAAUGCGGUAAUACUAGAUUUAAGUUAUGAGGACCUACCGUCUUACUUGAAACCGUGUUUCCUUUAUAUGGGUCAAUUUGUAGAGGAUCAAUACAUAUAUGGUGACAAUCUGUACAUGUUGUGGAUAGCAGAAGGCUUGAUAUCAGUUGAGAAUCGAGCAAGUGAGGAGACGUUAAUGGAUGUUGCAAAAUGCUACUUGAGUGAAUUGGCGUCUAGGUGCAUGGUUGAAAUUGUAGCGCAGGAAACUGUAUCAAGUAAACGAUAUGUCUCCUGCCAUCUUCAUGAUGUCGUACGCGAUCUAUGUUUGUUGAAGGGGAAGAAGGAGGACUUUCGUCUCAAGGUUGUGAAUUGUCAAGCUCAAGGGGGAAGAUUUGAUGUGUUGAGUCCAUCUGUUUUGGGUAUUAAAACUCGAUAUUUGGCAAUGCAUUUUAGAGGAGAAGUGGAAGUAGAACAUGAUCAACUUACGACCACUCAUGAAGAAACUAACCAACACAUUCGAUCUCUCAAGUUUAUCUGUCAUUCAAAACAGAGGAAAAUCAACUUCCCAAAUAGUGUUCUUGAAUAUUUCCAUAACUUCAAACUGGUCAGAGUUUUAGUAUUUGAAGGCUGCAACUUCCAACGACGAAAGUUACCAAAAGAAAUUGGUAAUCUAAUUCACCUUAGAUACUUGCGCUUGCGAAAUUGUGUAUUUACUGAAUUGCCAUCCUCCAUCAGCAACUUGAUAUACUUGUGCACGCUAGAUCUAUUCCAUUCAUGGGAUGUCCGAAUACCAAAUGUUUUGCACAAACUGAUUCGGUUAAAGCACUUGUUUCUUCCUGAUUACCGGAAAACCAGCAAUGCCAGAACCUACCAGCUUAGUUUGGAAGGCCUUAACAAGCUGGAGACGCUGAUUGGGUUUGACAGCUUGUUCCAUGAUUGGAAAUCUGUGUCGAGAAUGAAGAAUCUCCAGCGCCUUCGAGCCACAGUGCAUGAUACAAAAACCCUAUCCGAAAUCAUUGAUGACCUCAACACUAACUGGAAUAAUCUGCAUGAAUCUACACUUAUCAUCAAAGAUGGUUGUGAGUUAACAUCUUCAGAACAAGAGGUACCAAUUUUAAAGAAGCUGUUCACAUGUUCCAAUCUUCAUUCUUUGUGGAUAGACAUGCGUAUGCAGAAGCUGCAACAAGAAAUCGAAACUCAAGUAGUUUUUCCAAGACUCGUGUUCUUGACAUUGAGAAACUGCAAAAUUGAGGAUGAUCCAAUGCUUAUGCUGGAGAUGCUGCCUUGCCUAGAAUCUUUGUGCUUAUGGCCAUGUUCCUAUGUGGGGAAGAAAAUGACUUGUCGUGCAACAGGCUUCUGUAAGCUCAAAACUAUUCAGUUGUGGGGUUUACCAAAUCUGACAGAGUGGAAAGUUGAAAAAGGAGCCAUGCCAAUCCUUUCUGAGCUUGAAAUCAGGCACUGUCCAAAGUUGGGGAAGGUUCAAGAUGAACUGAGAUCUAUUACAAAUUUGGAGGAACUUGAAAUUUCCGAAAUUCCAGGAUUUGGAAAAUGGGUUUCUGGGAGAAAGAGAGGAGUUCAACACUGUUUUCCAUGCUCCUUUCGUCACCAUCCCUCAACCGACUGGCCUAUUUCAUGACUACAGGUGUCAAAAGAGGCUUGGUCCAAUUUCAUGCUGGACUGGUUGGUAACGUGUUUGGCCUUACUGGCCGAACUGCCCAUUUAGUCAGUAGGCCCUGCUCUAAAAAUAUCCUGCUUCUGGGUCUUGCUGGACCAUCUCUAUUCAUGAGGUAGCUCUUGCUUCAGGUUAAUAGCAUUUUUACUUCGUAAUGGUUAGUGCAAUCACAAUUCACACUCAUGACUGCUUAACUUCUGCUGCCUUUUUUCAUAUGCAUCAUGUCUUGAUUUUACGCAUGAAACUGAAAUCUUGCUCUGUUAAAUGACUGUUUCCUGUUUAAAGUUUAUACGCCUGCUCAUUCAAGUUGCUUAAAUUUUUCCCUUAGUGUGAUACAUUAAUAAAAAAGUAUUUAUUACUUCUGUAACACCAUGUUUCCUUGUUCAGCGGUUAUUGUCAAUCCAUUUGUUAUUGAAUUAUAAGCAGGGAUAGAAAAUUAUUCCCUAAGAUAGACAGCUCAUUUAGCACUUUAGCUGUGGAUAGAUAAUAUAUACUGAUAAAGUUCGAGUUUAUUGUUGUUGGGCUAAGGUGAUAGAUGCUGAGGAUUACUGUCACGGUGCUACUAAAAUUCCUUAAGAUUAUGCUGUUUAUUUAGUUAUCUAUUAGUUUGGCUUAAUCUAUUUAUGCUAUGGGCUAGGCUAGAACUGGACUUGCUAUGCGACAGUGAUAGGAUUUAACCUGCUGGUGUUGGUGAAGGUGAGGGUGUAGGAGGUGAUAUUGCUGAUUUACCUAUGCGCUUGAUCAAUGAGGAGUGUGAUGAGAUACCCUGCGAGAAAUCCUAGCAACUCAAGAAGAAAUACUUGAAUUAACCUAGUAAUUUAUUGAAUAAGAAUGAAUAAUCUCUCCUACGAUCUGACCCUAACGGGUUUAUAUAAAACAAUUAUUAGAGUCCUGCUAGCAUAAGGAAACUUCUAAUAAGAAUCCUGUAGUAUCCUACUAAAAAAAGGAAUUAAAAUAUUAAAUAAUAAAUAACACUCCCUCCGCCCCCCUAAAAGUGGCUCACUUCUUUCCGGUACGGAGAUUAAGGAGAAGGUGUAAAGUAGUAGGAUCCACACUUUUUCAAGAGUUAAUUGUUUCCUUUUAUGGACUGAGCCACUAUUAACGGGACGGAGGGAGCACUAAUUUAACUAAACAGUUUCUCUCAACUUCCUGCUCCUCACGCUUCCUCCUGUCCAACGCUCAUUGCACUUCUCUUUCUCCUAACAUACACCUUAGUAACUGGUGGAUUCCAUCAGAAUGGGAGGUUUCCUUCUUCUUUGCUUCAAAUAGUCUGAAGCUUGCUUCUUUGCAGGCUUUGGCAGUGUUGGUGGAACAUUGCUCUUGCCUUGUUCAGGAAGAUUGAUUUUAGAUCUUGUCUUUGUCCGUCAAGGGAUCGAUCUAGAUGUUGUCUCAAUCUUUCCUUCGCCUUUAUCUGCUCAGAACAAUUUUCUGGGCCUGACUUCUUCAAUUUCAUCGACAUCAGUGGCGAUGUCAACACUCGCCUUUUCUCUGGAAGGAGAUUUCGCCGAGUCUUAGCUUGCAGCAGAAAUCGAUCGGUUCAUCAACAAGGUCCCUCUUCUGAUGUUUGCCGGAAACAUCAACUUUCAUUUUCUUUGAAACAUUCUCUUUUUUCUCUAACUUUAGUUCUUAUUGAUCUUUCUUGGUUUUUCGAGCUCGAGACUUUUCCUCAACAAAUUUCUGAAGCGGUAGUUCCAUUCUUCCUUCUCUCAAUCAAAGCAAGUGAAUGGAAACUUGUUUCGAGUCAGGGCCCAUUUCUAGUCCCUCUCUCUGGUAGAAUAAUCUGAACCAAAUCAAUUUUCAGAGGGUCAUGUCGGCAAUCUGAAGUACUGGUAGAAGUGUCUUGCAAUUUCAUCUUGAGAGGAGUCCAUUUCCAAGAGAGAGAGAGAGAGAGGAUCGAGUGAGAAUGGUCAAAUAUGAUGAGAAAUGAGAAUGAAUUUGGAACGUGAGAUAUUCGAAUCCUAUGGCUGAUAUUUAUUUGAAUCAUUCGUGUGAAAUGGGAAUAAAUAAUAUGUCAAUAUAAAUCUACGAAUAAAUCAAUGUAACACACGAAUAAACAUUCUCGUCUGGAUUAAUCGUGGAAGGCUUCUGCCAUGUAUUUAUUCGAAUCUACGAAUAAUACCCCUCCACGUUUUUUGUGCUUAGAGGCUUCUGCCAUGUAUUGCGUUUCUAGUAUGUCUAUAUGAACAAAAUGUGUGGUCUAGAUAUAGUACUACGCACUACCUAAUGCCUGGGUACUACAUGAUUUCAUUUCAAUAUAUAUGUACACAUAUAUAGAGAAAUGAUCCAAAUCUUUUGUGAGAAUGAGAAUUGAUAUGAAUAAGUUAGUAUAUAAGGUUGAAUAAGCUUCAUGCAUUAUGAACAGCUUAUUCAACCAUAUAUGUAUUGAUUUAUUCGUUAUUCUUAUUUUCUCAUGAUGAUAGUCAUUCUCACUAUAACCUAACCUUUUAUAUAUAUAUAUAUAUAUAUAUAUAUAUAUAUAUUAUAGGGAAGUGCUACCCUGAGAGCACCUCUUAAAAUAAGAAAUAAGAACUAGAAAAAAUAGAUGAAUUUUAUGUAGAACACGUAUGAAUUCGUUGUAUAAAGGUAUGAAUUGCGAAAAAUAAAUUUUUGCUACCUUUGGGAUUCGAACUCAGGACCAUGAAUUCAUCCAACAGAAUGAUGAAUCAACCGUAGAUCUUGAUGAUCUAAGAGUUGAAAAUGAUUCUUAUUUUAUAUCUUAAGAAGUGUACUUAUUUUAGCCCUCCCCUAUAUAUAUAUAUAUAUAUAUAUAUAUGCGUUAUUUGGUUUGAUUGUAUAUGUUAGGCCUAGCCUAGCCCUAGUCUGUGAUGUUAUCUCACAGAUAUUUGUCUUGCCUAAGUUAUGAUGGGACCUUUUAACAAAUUAUAUUUUAUGAUGUGUCUGUCAUUUAAAUAUAACAUACAUCAUAUAGUCUCAAUGAUCACGUUAUCACUUGUUGGUAUGUACUAAUACAUAAAAGUUCUCUCUUGCACGAGGGGAUUAGACUUUUCAAAGAAAGCUACUAGAAUAAGCAAUUUUAUGUUACCCUAAUUUAUUGUUUGCCAUUUUUUAUAAUUUCUCAGCACAUAUAGAAAGGAAAGGAUCACAGAGUAGGAGAAUUCCAUGCUCCAAAGACAAUUUUGUUCCUAGAUUAUUGAAGAGGUGAAUUGGUGAAACCUGCUUUUGUUCUGUUUUUGGUCUCUUUAACAUUGCCUUUAUUCUUCUUAAUCAUUUUUAGAAUGAUGAUCCAAUAUUUAGUAAUCUUGGCAAAGUGAAAACGGAAGUCAAAGGAACACAUGUUGCUCCCAGUAAUAAGAGCAUGUGAAGAGAUCUGUGUUUCACUCACCAUAAUCCUAAGGAUGAGACCUCUUGACACCAACAACAUACCAACAUUUGGUGAUGACAGGAAUGGCCGACAAAAACAUCCGAAUCAUGCUCAGUCGUCCCCACUGUUGCAUCCGCUACAUCAGCCACGGUCCCCGGUGGCCUAGACCAUCAACUUUCUAUCGCUUUACCCACUCCGCUCCGCGCAUCCAUCACAGCUCUUUUUUACUGCAAGACCUGCCGAAGAAGCUGUUAAUUGGGUUGACUUGUCUGUUUUCAUUCAAGCAUAGCUGCGCGAUACUCUUGUCGUUCGUGGCAGGGAAGAAACUGACUGCUGCAGUGCCGAUAUACGCGGCUGCUCUGAUACCUGUCAUGGUUUUCACCAUUAGGCAGCUGCCCAUGUACUGUGAUCUUGUUUGAGGUGCCCGUGUAAAAGCUGCUACAAGGUCUUCUCUUGCUUUCUUUGUUGAUAUUAUUAUUAUUGGUAAGGACUCGCAGUAAUGAAUUAGGGUUUGCGCCUUGCAUGUACUUCCUUUGCUGUAUAAAUAUACAGUUUUUACUGGCGUGUUUGUGUAUUUGAAGUUGGCAGUUUAAGUCAUGUUUCAGUAUGCGUCA